GCGGCAGUUGUUUUGUGUCUGUAAUCGGUGACCGUAUAGGUGAGUAUUGUGCCCAAUUCGAGUGUUUUAUGGUGUACAGUGAACGUCAGUCUUCCCUGUUCAUUUUUACAGCUUAAAGGAAAAAAUGACGAGCUUAGGGAACCUCCAGCAUGUGGCUGCCGUGCAGCGUGAUUACAUCGCGCAGCCACGUCUGUGUUACAAAACUGUCACCGGUGUAAAUGGUCCUCUGGUUAUUCUCGAUGAUGUAAAGUUUCCAAAGUUUGCUGAAAUUGUAAACUUACAUCUGGCUGAUGGCACAGAAAGAAAGGGUCAGGUGCUUGAAGUUAGCGGCUCCAAAGCUGUCGUCCAGGUAUUCGAAGGGACUUCUGGUGUUGAUGCGAAGCAUACAGUAUGUGAGUUCACUGGUGACAUUUUAAGAACACCUGUGUCCGAGGACAUGUUGGGUCGUGUUUUCAAUGGUUCCGGUAAGCCCAUUGAUCAGGGACCUUCUGUGCUAGCUGAGGAUUUCUUGGAUAUUCAAGGUCAGCCCAUUAACCCCUGGUCCCGUACUUAUCCAGAGGAGAUGAUUCAGACAGGUAUUUCCUCCAUCGAUGUGAUGAAUUCCAUUGCUCGAGGUCAGAAGAUUCCCAUCUUCUCGGCUGCUGGUCUACCCCACAAUGAAAUUGCAGCUCAGAUUUGUCGUCAGGCCGGUUUGGUCAAACUUCCAACAAAGAGUGUUUUGGAUGACCACAAAGACAACUUUGCCAUUGUGUUUGCUGCUAUGGGUGUCAAUAUGGAGACAGCUCGAUUCUUCAAGCAGGACUUCGAAGAAAACGGUUCCAUGGAGAAUGUGUGCCUCUUCUUGAACUUGGCCAACGAUCCCACAAUUGAACGUAUCAUCACUCCUCGACUUGCCCUGACAACUGCAGAAUAUCUUGCCUACCAGUGCGAGAAACACGUUCUCAUCAUCCUGACUGACAUGUCUUCAUAUGCAGAAGCUUUGCGAGAGGUAUCAGCAGCUCGUGAAGAAGUGCCAGGUAGACGUGGUUUCCCAGGUUACAUGUACACCGAUUUGGCCACUAUUUAUGAACGUGCCGGUCGAGUAGAAGGAAGACAAGGGUCCAUCACACAGAUUCCUAUUUUGACUAUGCCUAAUGAUGACAUCACCCAUCCUAUUCCUGAUCUUACGGGUUACAUUACCGAGGGCCAGAUUUACGUUGAUCGUCAGUUGCACAACAGACAGAUUUACCCACCAGUAAACGUGCUGCCAUCUUUGUCUCGAUUGAUGAAAUCUGCUAUUGGUGACGGCAUGACAAGGAAAGAUCACUCAGAUGUAUCCAACCAGCUGUACGCCUGCUACGCCAUUGGUAAAGAUCUCCAGGCCAUGAAGGCUGUCGUGGGUGAAGAAGCUUUGACGGCCGAUGACUUGCUGUACUUGGAGUUCCUUGCCAAGUUUGAGAAAACUUUCAUUUCACAGGGCCCUUACAUGAAGCGCACCAUCUUCGAAUCUUUGGACAUUGGUUGGCAGCUGUUGCGUAUCUUCCCCAAAGAGAUGCUCAAACGUAUUCCAGCUUCAACUCUUGCCGAAUUCUAUCCCAGAGACAGACCGCAGUAGACAUACGAUCACUGUACAUUAUUGUUGUAAUUUUUUUUCCGAACCUGUUAACUGGUUGUAUGUCAGUUGUCAGCUUGAUCUGGAGUCAUAUUCUUGGUGCAUAGACACAACACGAGUCAUUUAUAAAUAAACAAAAGGCAUAAUUAAUUACAAAAGUGCUUAAUUUUUAGGUGUGGUAUGUCCAUAGCUAGGCCAUAUGUACUGAAAUGUUCACAUCUGCUGUGCAUUUUUAAGUAAUCCAUUACCAUUUCCACCAUAAAUGUAAUUUAUUUUGCUCAUGGCUCAUUUGUAGACUGCUUAUCUUAGGUUUCAUACACGAUCUUAUGCUGGAAGCAAAAUUUAAGCCUGUAAUCUUAUGAAUUUAGAUCAGUGCAGCUUCAAAAUACUAAACCCCGGUGUAAUUAAGACAGGUCUGUGAUAUUUUUCACAUAUUUUCAGUAUUAAGAAUAGUACCUGUCCUUAAAUAUUGUUGAGCUCCACCCACCAGCAUCAGUCUUUUAGAAGUAAAUUAUGUUAAAUAAGGAUAAUGGUAAUGGGGUGUUUAUAUUUUUCACCACAUCUUGUAUCAGUUUUUAAGCAGGUUGUAGUCUGUGCAUUGAAAUAUUUGCUGAUUAGCACAAGUCUUGAAUUAUGGUGCAGUUGUACAUAAAAUAUUCAUUUACUACAGGUGUCGUGAGCAUAAUAAAGACAAAUGUGUCGUAUGCUUAUUAAAAGUAGUCAGGGCUAGAAGUUACAGUAAUGUUACAUUCCAAGGACUUGUGCCAACUGCUCCAUUUUCUUUUGAAGUUACUGUAUACUUUCCUUAUUGUAUAGUAUUUUCUUUGUUGGUAAAUUGUAUAGUAUUUGGAGGAAAUGUAUUUUGUUUGGUGUAUGUAAUAGUGUAAAGUUAUGAACAGUUGACUCAUUGAUGGUCAAUAAAAUGUGAAAACUAA